AUGUCGGCCAAGAAGUCGUUCCGCCGGCGGAGGGAGGACUCGGAGGAUUCGGAGGAGGACCAGCAGGUCGCUGAGGAGGUCAGGUUGAAAGUUGAAGAAGCCAAAGAAGUUCAGAGCCUCAGAAGGCGACCCAAUGGGGUGAGCGCUGUCGCUCUGCUCGUGGGGGAGAAGUUGCAGGAAGAAGCAACGCUUGUGGAUGAUCCAUUCAAGAUAAAAUCUGGGGGAAUGGUGGACAUGAAGAAGCUGAAAGAAAGAGGCAAGGACAGGAUUAAUGAAGAGGAAGAUCUAAACUUGGGAACUUCUUUCUCAGCUGAAACCAACAGGCGGGAUGAAGAUGCUGACAUGAUGAAGUACAUUGAGACUGAGCUGAAGAAGAGAAAGGGGAUUGUGGAGAACGAGGAGCAGAAGGUGAAGCUGAAGAACGCCGAGGACUCUCUGUACGAGCUGCCAGAGAACAUCCGUGUCUCCUCUGCCAAGAAGACCGAGGAGAUGCCUUUUCCUGAAGUGGACCUGGGAAUUGAUGCAAAAAUAAAAAACAUCAUCUCAACUGAAGAGGCCAAGGCCAAGCUGCUGGCGGAGCAGCAGAACAAAAAGAAAGACAGCGAAACGUCUUUUGUUCCCACCAACAUGGCUGUUAACUACGUCCAGCACAACAGAUUUUACCACGAGGAGCUAAAUGCCCCAGUACGGAGGAACAAAGAAGAGCCAAAGCCCCGUCCACUGAGAGUGGGGGAUACAGAGAGGCCGGAACCUGAGCGCUCUCCUCCGAAUCGCAAGCGGCCGCUCAAUGAAAAAGCAACGGAUGAUUACCACUAUGAGAAAUUCAAGAAGAUGAACAGGCGAUACUGA